AUGCAGGAGUUUAUUGAUUUGAUAAGUUCGAGUCCAGAGCCAGAGCUCCCAAAGACUCAAGCCAAAGUCGCACCCAUUGUUGCACCCAAAGCUCCACUCAGAGAUCUUUCACAGAAUAUCCAUAGACCACCUACAGUCCAGCUCUUUGACUUCAGCUUUGCCAAUUUCGAUAAUGCGACGAGUAUUGAGACAGCGAAGGCCCCGCCACCAAAUCCGUCGAUACGAUCUCCCAAACCAAAAGCUUCCAAGAUAAUACCACUCGAUGAUGGCAAUGAACUCCAAUUGUGGUCUGAUGAUUUCGAUACGACAAUUGGUUCUAUACCGAAUAGUGCAUCUGCAAAGCAGGAUACUGGAAACUCGAAGCAACAACAAGGCGACAAUGCUCCUAUCGAAAUAGCAGACUCAGACGACCCGUUUACCUCUCCGCCACCUGCGAAACGACAUAAAGCAUCACCACCAACAUAUCAAGCCCCAAGGGCCGCAGGCGGGUACAAACGCACCGUUUCGAAUAUCGAGUCCGUCCGAUCAAGUAAAGCAAGACUGCCCAAAUACAGUUUAAAUAGAUCAAACUCUUUGGGUGCAGACCCUUUAUUGUUUACAAGCUCGCCCGAUGCGUCCGCUGCUCGAUCGAAAUAUGGCAAGGGAAAGGUACCUUCCAUUGGUUAUGAUGAUGAUGAUGAAGAAGACGAAGUGGAGAUACCACGGAAGAAAGCCAGCAAGCCAAUUUUUUUGGAUGUCGAGGAUGAAGAUGACUUUCCAUCCAUCGAGAAUCUGAAAUCCUGGAAUCCGCCACCAAGGCGAUCGAAAGCGAUUGAAGAGCCAAUGCUACAUCAUUAUGACGACGAUUCAACACCUGAGAAGAAGAAGCGGGAGAAGGGUGAUAAAUCUAAAGAAAAGACUUUAAGUGCUGCAGAAAAGAAGGCGGCAAAGGAUGCUGAGAGGGAGCAAAAGCGUAUCGACAAAGAGUAUGCCAAAGCAGAGAAGGAGCGAGAAAAAGAAAAGGCAAAGGAUCUAGCUAAGGUUAACGUCGAUCGUACCAAACCCGAGAUUUCGACUCCAGAAAUGAUUGUCGAUUUGCCUUCCUGUAUUCAGGAUAAAAGUAAUAUGGCACUGAGAACUAGGAUCGAUGUUCUACUGAAAGAGUUGGAUGUUCAGCAAUCUCAAUGGGAGAAUUCAGAUCUAGUCAUCAAGUGGCGUCGAAAAGUCAUUUCGGAAUACAAUGAAGAAAGUGAUAUCUGGGAACCCAAACCACGGCAAAUCAAGGACGAAAAGCACAUUCUAUGUAUCAUGCCAGCUAGGAAGUUUGUUGAUAUGGCUUUAGGAAGAGGAGAUGUGGAUUUAGAUACUCAUGUUUCCAUCCUCAAAUCACAAUUCGAAUCAUGCAAGCUGAUAUACCUUAUUGAAGGUUUAACUGCAUGGCAAAAUAAAAAUCGGAACAUCAAAGACCGACAGUAUCAAGCUGUAGUGAGAAGUCGAAUACCAGAGGAUGAAGUGGCUAGUAGCAGUUCCAAUCAGAGGAGAAAAUUAACACAAGCCGACGAAUACAUUGAAAAUGCAGACAGUGUCAUUGAAGACUCUUUACUCAAACUGGAAGUCAUCCAUAAAGUACAGCACCGUUUGAGUACCAACACACAAGAUAGCGCAAAAUGGGUAGCACAAUUUACCAAACACAUAUCUACAAUUCCGUAUCUCGCCCAACGCGAAGCUCUCGGUUUGAAUUUCUGCAUGGCGGGCGGGCAGUUCAAAUCCGGAAAAGAUACCACAGAUACGUAUAUUAAAAUGUUGGAGGAGAUACAUCACGUCACAGAGAAGAUGGCAGAGGGAAUAGUAGCUGAGUAUCCUACCCCUCAAGCUCUGUUACAGGGAUUCAAAGAAAAUGGUUCGUCGGCAUUGGAAGGAUGUCGAAAAUUGGCGAAUAAGAAUGGUGCGCUUACGGAUACGAAGAUUGGGAAGGCAAUUAGUAGGAGGGUGUACAAGAUUUUCAUGGAAGAGGAUCCGGAGAGUUUUGAUAUAUAG